AUGGGUGUUCACGCCUAUCUGAGUCUGUUGUUGGUGAUCUUCACUUUGAUGGUCCUGCCGCUAGGCGUCCAAGGACAAGGUUGCGCCAUUGAUCCCGAGAUAGGCCUGGGAGACAGCCCUUGUCCAGCGAACAGCGCGUACACAACUGGCACAACCUGCUGUCCUGCGACCUGCCAGGAUCAAUCCGCCCCGAAUUCGUGCACUACUGGCGUUACGGACGGCUGCCAGUGUGAUAGUGGCCUCAUCUGGAGCGGGGAUGAAUGCGAAUGCACUUUGGGAGGGGUCAUCAUUUGCCACCCAGUGCUCUGUGAUGAAGAUGGAGGUUACACCUGGACGCUCGUGGAUGGAGUAUGGGGAUGCCACUGCACAGGCGGCUGUUGUGAUAGAAAAAUCUGCAAAGCAUCCGGAGAUCCGCACAUCCUUUCUCCUGACAAGGGUCGCCAUGAUUACCAAGGAUGUGGCUUAUACACGUUCGCCAAGGACUGUACAGGCAACACCUUCAACGUCGAAACAAAACACGUCCCUUUAGACGGGAAUCCAGCUGUUUCUGCUAUCCGUGCAGUUUACGUGACAGUAACCAUUAACGGCAAUACAAUUACAAUCUCUCUUCUUCAAGACAGAGUUGUACUGGUCGAUGGAGUUCGCUAUUGGCUUCCUGUCAGCCUGGCAAAUGGCGACAUCGUGAUCCAUCUGACUGGAAGGUUUGUCCGAGUAGAGUUGGUGGACUUGUGCGUGGUGAUUUACUACGAUGGGGUACAUUAUGUUAAGAUGGAGAUUCCAAGGAACUACGAGACUGAUCUGUGUGGAUUGUGCGGUAACUUCAACGGCGAUGCGAGCGAUGACCUGAUGAUGCCGGAUGGGAACCAAGGUGCGCACGAGAACCAAUUCGGAAACAGCUGGCAGACCCAGCCUGGAGUAGAGCACGGACCGUGGGACUUAACUUGUGGUGACCUUCCGACAGGUGAACCCCCGACCUCCGGACCGUGUGACCAGAUGUAUACAGACGCGUGUGACGUGCUUACGGAUGUGAACGGUCCGUUUGCUGAUUGCAUUGGCGUUGUGGAUCCUACGCCUUACUACGACGACUGCGUCUCCGACGCCAAACAGCGUCUACUCUUCCUGCACGAGCGCCUGCCCUGCGACCUGCAUGAACCCCAACGCACCAGACAGCUGUGA